CGAUUUCUCUGCACCAAUCUAACCAAUCAAAAAACAAAAAAACAGCAAUAGCAAAACAGGGUGGAGAUUAUGUGUAGUUAGUGAUGUAUACAAUAAAAUGUCAUUGUGAUUGACAUUCUGUUUAGUAGAUUUCUUAUACCACUGCUACUACUACCUUAUUCCCACAUCUUCGUUUCAAAGGUCAACUAGACAUUAGGACACUAUAAAGAUAGCUUCUAAUUUUGAUUGGCUGAAAAAUCAAAUCCAUUUUGAUUUUGAAUUAAAAGUGUCUGUUGAUUAGUUGGAAAUAACACAUAGUUUUGUUCAUUUGGAUACAUGUGUGUGUGUGUAAACGACGCUGACAACACAGGAUUUACAUCUGAAUACAUUUAUUCAUUUCCAUCAACAGAAUACUAGUUAAUCACUUUCAUAAUUGAUAAACAUGUACACAUAUAGUGUGAUAAGACAAAUUUAUUUUGACUGUUUAACGUGGAUAUUUAACAUGUUAUUGAAAAGAAAUUUUCAAUAUUCUACAAAACAAUUCCUUUGAGUUACACCUACGAAGCUUAUACUUCCAUGAGACACUCAUAUCUCACCGUUCAUCUAUUUCCAAUGGACUUAACUGUUAGUUAAUUCAGUCAGUCAGUCACAACGCAGAACUUCGUACGUACGUACGUCACACUUGAACAUCAUUAAUUUCAAUUGAAUUGAUCAAUGAGAAACACAACUCAUAACAAACAGUUUUUUUAAUUUAUAAGCAAAAAAUUAAAUUAAAAGAAAAACAACAAAACAAACAAACACACACACAUCAACCUUGUAUCACUAUAAGUACUAUCCAGCUUAUGAAUUAUAAACAAUUCAAUUAUUCAAUGUUACAAUGUUACACAAAUUAUAUUCAUCUUUAAUUGGAUUAAUUUAUUCAUUACUGUUACCAUUAUUAUUAUUGUUCUCUUUUGAAACUUCAUUCAUAUCAAUAUGGAUUAAUGGACAAUCUGUGAACAGUUUAUCCAAUUCAGCAUCAGAUACUCGUCAACCACGUAGUCCAACACGUUUGGGUUAUUUAAUACGUGUUGGUCAAAGUUUAAAUUUAACAUGUCCUGGUGAUGCUGUAUUUUAUCAAUGGAGCCUUGUUGACCAACCAUCACAAAUAUUAUCAGAAAAACAGCUUUACACAAUUAAAUCAGCUACAUUAAAGGAUUCUAAUCGUUAUAUAUGUCAUGCUGUACAUGGUUAUGGAAGAAGUUCCGUUGAAAUGUCUGUUCGUGUUAUAGAUUUCUCUUCGAUAACAGCACAGCAUGAAUGUGCUAUAGGCAGUAAAACAGGGAGUGUCAAUACAAAUGGACCAUGUUUUUUGACAAGUUUGACAGAUAGAGAAUUAAAUCCAACCAAAUCAUGGGGUGAUCAUAUUAUUUUUGAUUGUGACGCUGUUAUGACUGGAACUGAUGGUUCAUUGGACAACUUAAUUUAUCAGUGGGAAUUUAUCAGUAAUACUAACAAUAACAUAAAUAAUAAUAAUAAUAAUUUACGAUCUGUUAAACAAGUGAGCAAUAGUGGAUCAGAUGUGUCGAAUACUAUUAUUCAUAGACAACGUCUUCUAGUUCGAACACCGUCUAUGGUUGGUACAGUUUCUCAUAACAAUUAUGAUAAUGUUAAUAAUAAGUUUGAUUUGAGUCAAUUUCAUGAAUCACAACUACGUAUUGAUAAACUGACGUUAGAUCAUAACGGAGAAUAUCAAUGUACUGUAAGAACAAGAAUAACUACAUCUGGAGGUGGAGGAGGAGCAACAAUGAAUAAUUAUCAAAUCCCACCAAUGAUUACAAGACAAUUUCGGUUGACUGUCAAAUCACGGACCGAUGGGUCAAUAAUUGAAGGACCUCAUAUUAUCAAUGAGACAGUUGAAGCCGGUCAAGAUGCGAUAUUUCACUGUCAAGUCAAUCCCGACGAACAUCGAUCAAGUACUAUCAGAUGGGGUAAAAGUAUAGAUAAUAAUGAACGUUUAGCUUAUGAAGCCGAAGGAAGAGAGGUUAUUCAAUGGGCUGGUGGGACAUUUGUUGUUCUUCCAAGUGUACCAUCUUCAUUAGCUUUAAAUUAUAAUUCAAAUAUGCCAUCAGACAAUUUGUUUCCAUCUAAACUAUCAGCCCUAAGACCUUCAUCUUCAUCCUCUUCUGCAUUAUCAUCAUCAUCAUCAUCAUCGUUGUCGUCGUCAUCAUCAGUGGCAGCAACACUACCUUCGGGUGCUGUAGCUACUGAAGUUUCAUCAAGUCAAAGUAGUCAACUUGUAUUAAGACAAGCUAGUCAAUCAGAUUCUGGACGAUAUGUGUGUUCUGUAUUAACUGAAGCUGGACGAGAUGAUCAUAAAUUUGUUCAAAUAUCUGUAGUUGGCGGUUCCUUAAUCCAAGGUCAUAAACUGACUGGAAGCAGUGGAACACAUCGAUUAACGUUAUACAUUGCUAUACCGACUACUAUAUUUUUCAUAUGUUUGUGUGUAGUAACUUACUGUUUGAUCAGUCGACGUACAGCUCAUAAUCGACGUGCAUCUAAUGUUCGACAUCAGCGUAAUUAUUUUAAUGCUGUACAACAAUCACAAAUUAAAUCAUCUUCAGUGGCAAGCAGUAGUUCUAUUGGUGUAUGUCGUAAUGGUGGUAUAAAUGGUCAUACUACAAUCCCCGGUGAUAAUCGUUUAAGACCAUCUCCAGCCGGUACAGCAUUAGGUGCUACAUCAAUAGGUUAUUCAUCAGUCAAUGGUACCAAUUCCAUGAAUGGUGGUAAUAAUAAUAACGGUCCAAUUAAUACACAAUUAUCACCUCCAAAUUUUCAAGUUAAUUUACACGGUACUGUACCAAUGAUACCAGGAGGUUAUCCUGUUUUAAUUCAAUCCAUUGGCGGUAGUCAACAACCAGCAUCAUCACCAUUUUAUUCUGUCCCAGAGGCUAGGUCAUUAUCAACGUAUGGUCAAAAUAUAUCGCCUGUUACAACUGGGAAUAAUUCAGAAUUUAUUAUGGGUAAUAUGAAUACAAAUACAACGAACAAUAGUAAUAGUAUGGCUUGUUAUCCGAACGGUUUAAUUUAUCCUGUACCAAGUGGUCAUAUAAUCAACUCAAAUACUUCAAAUCUAGCAUCAAAUCCAAUGUUCAGCUCAUCACCGGAGUCUUCAACUUCUGGCAAUAAUAAUAAUAACAGUAAAAUUGAACCGGUUGAAGGUAGAUUAAUGUUUCGUCCACAACCAGCAUUAAUUAGCAAUUAUAAUUUAAAUAGUAAUUCAGUGAACAAUAGCAGUAAAACUAAUAGUGAUACAAUGAGACGUUUUGGUCAAUCAAUUGGAAAUAAUAAUACCUCAAAUUAUGAAAUGACUAUCACUAAUACACCAUCAGGAUUAUUGUCUUAUCCAAAUCAUGCUAAUACAUAAUAUUCUUAUUUCUAUGUAUCUAUAUGCUUCUUUAUAUAUUUGUCUAUAUGUAUGUAUGAACUGUUUAUGUAAUUUCAGUUUUCAAUCAUAAAUAACAAUAGAAUGAUAAAUCAUAAUAGGAAACAGGGUAUUUAACAGGUUUCUUUCUUUCGCUCUCUAUCCAUUCAUGUUUAUCAUUUAUGAUAGAAGAAAUCAAUCUAUGUAUAUGUUUAUCUUGUUAUAUAUUUAUUUUAUUGAUGUGAUGAGUAGGAAAGAAUAUUGUUUACAUACUUGUCCCCCCCCUCUCUCUUUCUUCCAGUAAUUUUCCUGUGCAAGUAUAUGUUUGUCAGUAGUUUCUAUGGUUUAGUUAUCCUUGUUCAAACACUUGAUAAAACUUUCUCCACAAAGAAUUCUACGAUAGUAUCACCGUCAAAUUGAAAACACAACGAAAAUUAACAAGAAUAAGGCGAAAUGACAAUAAACAAGACGGUCAUCUCUAUGGAUGAAAAUCCUAUACAUACAUACAUACAUACAAAAAACGCAUUUGUCACUGACAGAAAAUAUAUUAUUAUUUCGAUUCUCCAAGUGUCUUUCUUGUUUUAAGAAAAACCAUACCUUAGCAACAACAAUAAUAAUAAUAAUUACUAUUAACAACAAACAAUACUAUGCUUGUACUUUUAUUUAAAAUUCUUCUUUUUCUACCUUUCUUACAGUGAUACGAUUAUUGUUCUCUUCCCAUUCCCACCCCACCCCCUAACAACAAAUACUUGAGAACAACAAAACAUAAUCACUAUUAAUUAUUUGUACAAAAUGAUGGAAAUAGGGGUGAUGAAUAAACAAAUGUUUGUUCAACUUGGAAUUUAUUUAUUUCUAUGUGUGAGAGUGUAAUAUUAUGAAAUUACACAAUAGGGGUGACAGAAAUUCAAAAUUUCAUUUCUCUCUCUUUUUCUUCUAGUCAACUAACACUGUCUCAAAUUUGUUUUUCGAUCAAAAUUUUAAACAAAAUGACGAGGCCAUGUCAUAAUUUGUUUGUUUCUUUUUCUUUUUGUUUUUAUCGGUAAACAUCUUCAUUUUCUUUAGAACUACUAUUAGGUCAUUUAGGAUGUAUCACAUUACUAAUCAGCUGAUUUCUUUCUUUUCAUUGGAUAUUUAUGAUGAUUUUAUUUUUGAAUGAUUACGAUUCUAUGUUAUUUUCAUGAUUACAAAACGUAUAUUAUGAAUACAUCACUGAACGAAACUUGAUAUCUUUUACAUAACCCAUCCAUGUAUAUCGUAACUAUGACGAUUGACAUUUCCAUUCUUCACAGUCAUGAUAUAUGUACACACGAACUCUCUAUACAUUAAAGGACAAAACUCUAACCAAUUAUACAGAUCAUUUCAAUGUUAAUCCUCUAUUUACAUUCAAUUAUGUAAUGAUGGAAAUGAAUCUGCUCAUCUCUUAAUAGUUAGUAAAAACUCAAAUGAUUUCUCAAAUUCAUAUAUAUAUAUAUAUAUAUAU